UAUCGCAUAACUUUUAGAAUAUUUUCAAUAAAUAAAUACCGGUCUCCAGAGAAUAACAAAUAAUAUCAGUAUUUAAAGGUUUUUAGCCUGUAAAUUCAUAGUCAAAGCUAUAGAAAUUUAAAGUGUUCGAUUUAACUCGUAUUAUAUUUACCAAGCUUAUACAUAUACCAUACAUAUGUACACAAAGGUUUCAAACUAGAGAGUGACCAGCAAACAAAUGAUUUGAUCUAAAGAAUUAUGCUUUGAUAUUAGAACUAGAAAACUAUCCAGUUCUAUAUUUUAGGGUCUUUAAGGGUCAUAAGAAAUCAUUAAGCAUUUAUAUGUUACUAAUAUUCGACUUAGCUCGAAAUGAAUUCACCAAGAUUGCAGAUGUUCAAAACUAUAAAGUGACAGCUAAUUAAGCCUUCCGACCAAUGAAUGCUCAUGUGGAUAGAAAAUAAUGUACAUACAUAUAUUUUAAAGCACAAGUAAUAACAGAAGCAAUAACUAAUUAUAAAUUCAAAUCAGCUGUGUUUUGAACUUGCCACAGGUAAUGAAAGCUUGACUUGCCUUCACCGUUCGAUUGGCAACGAGUUGAUUAAUCUUGAAAAUAACGCAAAAAAUAUUUCAAUUUACAUUUAUACUUCUCUAUAUAUACAUAUAUAUGUAUAUAUAUAAUUAAAAAAAACACUUAAUGAAUACAAAGCAAAAGCAACACUUAAAAACUAGCUAAGACAUAAAGCUACAUAUAUAAAGCAGUAUAUACGCGCAACAGGUAGUUAAUGAAACUACUAGUAACCACUAGACUUAAGAAAGGGAAUCGAAAAAUUGGCUAAAUACAAAAGUGAGUUGCGAAUUUACAUUUCACACUGCCAAGUGAAUAUGCAGGCAGAUAAGCGUGAGCGUCAUAAAAUACAUUCCAGUAAACUCGUAUGUAUAGUGGAUCUAUGUACGUUAGAACUGUGCAAAUUACGUUGGAAUUUCGGCUCUCUUCUGCCUUAGAGUGACAGUAAAUGUAUAAAUUAACGAAAAUAAAUCACGACAAGUAACGAGUGAUGUCAUUUAAGCUGAAUGGAAACACAAAUAAAUGGAAGAAAGCUUGAUUGCCUGCCUGCGACAAUUACAUAUAGCAAACGCUCACGAAAAUGUCUAGCGAUCAGGAGGUUGUUGUCGCCUCACCUGUUACACCACAUCCGCCGCCAAAAGAUCGCAAAUUAUGGCGUGAUCUCACAGCCUAUUGGAUAUUGGGUCUAUGCAAUAAUUACGGUUAUGUAGUGAUGCUGAGUGCGGCACAUGAUAUUAUCGCACAAUUUCAGGAUCAAACAACCGAUGAUAGUACCGUUGAAAAUGAAGGCGACGAUACGCGAAAAUGUCAUUUGAUAUCGACCGGCGCAAUACUGUUGGCAGAUGUUAUACCCUCGUUAAUGGUGAAAAUCAUUAUACCGUUUCUGCCGUUCUGGGUGAAUUUCAAGAUUUUCUUCGCUGUGUUGUUGUCAGCUGCGGGUUUUCUGCUCGUAGGCUUUGCGAACGCCGAGUGGAUGGCCUUGUUGGGUGUGGUUAUCACAUCGGCUAGUAGUGGCAUUGGUGAGCCGACUUUCCUGUCAUAUUCGGCGCAUUUCAAUAAAAAUGUCGUCUCUACAUGGUCAUCCGGUACUGGUGGUGCCGGUGUGAUCGGCUCACUCUCCUAUGCUUCACUGCGUGCACUUCACGUUAGUCCACGCGAUACUAUGUUAAUUAUGUUGUUUUUCCCUGCGCUGGAAGCAUUCUCUUUCUGGAUAAUACUACGCAAGCCCACCAUAAUUCCACUGACCAACUCAUCGCUUGAGUCAACAGAGGAAUUGGUUACUGACGAAAAACCAUUGCGUAGUUUCAAAGAGAAGUUGAUCUACAUUAAAACACUCUUUCCAUACAUGUUGCCGCUGGCAUUGGUCUACUUCUUUGAGUAUCUCAUCAAUCAGGGUUUGUUUGAAUUGGUCUACUUCGAGAACAGCACUCUAUCACAGGCCUCACAAUAUCGCUGGUUCAAUGUGGACUAUCAAAUUGGCGUGUUCAUCUCACGCUCAUCGGUUAAUCUAUACAAAAUCAACAAAAUCUGGCUUAUGGCUGUCUUUCAGUUUAUCAACGUUGCUUACUUUCUCACCGAAGUUAUAUUUUUCUAUACGCCAAGUAUUUGGAUCACAUUGGUUGUUGUGCUGUGGGAGGGUUUGUUGGGCGGUGGCGCCUAUGUGAACACCUUUUAUCGCAUGUCGAAAGAGAUUACGCCCGGACGUAGACGUUUCGCUAUGGCUAUGGUUACACAAUCGGAUGCUUAUGGCAUAGCCUUGGCUGGUUUCUUGGCCAUUCCAUUGCAUAAUGCAAUAUGCUCGCUACCGCCUGCGUAUCGGAAAGUGGUGUGGUGAGCUGUCAGCGUCACUUACUAGGAUGGGCUAAUUUCUUCGAGUAUAGUCUAAGUCAGACUUAAGUUAGUAUUACUUAGCGUUGGUCUUUUGAUCAAAAUUUGUUGUAUUAUUGUAUUAACUAGUUGUUAGAGUCAAAGGUUUCAUAUGAAAUCGAAAAAAUAGUGGUAUGUGGUUUCCUUACAGAAAAACAGCAUACUUAUAUGAAUAAGCAUAUAAUUUAUUCGACUUUAGUUGCCAAUAAAGCAUAAUGUAAUCCAGGAAUUUUAUGUGUCAUAAAAUACUGUUAUAAAAAUAAAUUAUAAUAAAAGAUAAACGAUUUACCAAGUUUCCAUACGAGAACUUUGUAGUGAAAGCUCUAUAUUUUGCGAAAGCUUGUAAAAACUGUUAUUUAUAAAAUAUUUUGUAAAAAAGACAUCGAAAAAUAAAACAUUCACUAGCUAAAAUUAGUGAAAAAUUACAAACAUU